AGCUUUUAUUUCGAACGGAAGUUCGAGAUCGAGAUUAUCAUCAAUGGUGCACGUGCAAACGUGCUAUGUAAGUGUAUGGGCGAGGGAAUGUAGGAAAGAAAAUAAUUCUUUACUUUGUUAUUAUGGAUUAUAAAUAAACUACCUCAGAUAGAAAUGGUUAUACACCAACUUAUGAAUGAGCCACCUCUAGUCCAAGCAGUAUUUAAAGGUGAUAUAAAUGAAGUUCAGGAAUUGUUAUUUAAUCGUGAAGAAGUUAAUUAUCAAGACUCUGAACGGCGUAGUAUAUUACAUGCUGCUGCAUUCUGUGGCCAUGCAGAAAUAAGUGAUCUCUUAUUAUUAAGUAGUGCUAGAGUUAAUACAAAAGAUAAUCAUUGGGUGACUCCUCUUCAUAGAGCUUGUUGUUCUCAAAGUGAAGAAACUGUUAAAGUACUGUUAAGGCAUGAAGCUGAUGUUAAUGCUCGAGAUAAACAUUGGCAAACACCACUUCAUGUUGCAGCAGCAAACAAUUCACUCCAAUGUGCCAAGUGUAUUAUCCCAUUUCAGAAUAAUUUGAAUAUAUCAGAUCGUGGUGGUCGGACAAGUUUACACCAUGCUGCCUAUAAUGGACACAGUAAGAUGGUUGACUUACUGUUACAGCAUGGUGCUGCUUGUAAUUCAUUUGAUAAGAAAGAUAGACGAGCAAUUCAUUGGGCUGCAUAUAUGGGUCACACUGAAGUCAUAUCAAUACUUUCAAAUAAAGGUGCUGAACUCAAUGUUCGAGAUAAAGAGAUGUACACACCUUUACAUGCUGCAGCAGCCGCUGGCCAUGUAAAUGCAGUAAGACUGUUGUUAGAGCUAGGAGCAGAAUUAGAUAUUGUUAAUGUUUAUGGAAAUACACCAUUACAUAUAGCUUGUUUAAAUGGCCAGGAAAAAGUUGUUGAAGAAUUAAUCAAUGCAAGAGCUUCUGUGAAUGCUGUUAAUCAUCGUGGACAAACUCCCCUCCAUUAUGCUGCCGCCUCUACACAUGGUGGAGGUUGUUUAAAUGUAUUGCUCAGGGAAGGUGCUGCUGUUAAUGCUCAAAGUCGAGAUGGUCGCACUCCUCUCCACAUGACAGCAAUUCAUGGACGAUUUGCAAGAGCACAGACAUUAAUUAAUCAUGGUGCCUUAAUAGAUGGAAUGGAUAAAGAUGGAUGUACAGCUUUACAUAUAGCAGCACAGUAUGGCCAUGAAUUACUUGUUGGUUAUUUGCUUUCAGUCCAUGCUGAUCCUAACAAACAUGGGAAAAAUGGCUUAACUCCCUUACAUUUAGCUGCCUUAAAUGGUUAUUUAGAAUGUUGUAAGAAGUUAAUUGAAGCAGGUGUUGAUUUGAGUACAAAAGAUGAUAGAGGUCGUACUGCUGUCCAUUUGAUUGCCUUUGCAGGAAGUUUGGAGUGUCAAGAAUUGCUCAUUCAGCAUGGUGCUGAUUACAAUAUCUGUGAUAGUUUUGGAAGGUUACCUAUUCAUUAUGCUGCCAGUCGCACACACCAUAAUUGUUUAUUGUGUUUACUAACUGCUAAAACAGAAGUAAAUAGAAGAGAUAUUGACGGAUGUACACCACUUCAUUAUGCAGCUGCUGCAGAUACUGAGGGCCGAUGUGUUAGCUCACUACUUGGAUUUGGAGCAGAUGCAUGCUUAAAAGAUAAAAAUGGAUAUUGUGCCAUACAUUAUGCAUCAACUAAUGGAAAAAUAACUGCCUUAGAAACUGUAAGUUUUAUACCUCAAACAAUUAUAUCACAUCUAUAUAUUAAUCAGUAUGAUGAAAACAGUUGCAGAAAAGAACAAUGUGUUAGCUCACUACUUGGAUUUGGAGCAGAUGCAUGCUUAAAAGAUAAAAAUGGAUAUUGUGCCAUACAUUAUGCAUCAACUAAUGGAAAAAUAACUGCCUUAGAAACUCAAACAAUUAUAUCACAUCUAUAUAUUAAUCAGUAUGAUGAAAACAGUUGCAGAAAAGAACAAUGUGUUAGCUCACUACUUGGAUUUGGAGCAGAUGCAUGCUUAAAAGAUAAAAAUGGAUAUUGUGCCAUACAUUAUGCAUCAACUAAUGGAAAAAUAACUGCCUUAGAAACUUUAUUAUCAGCAACUAAACUUGAACAUCAAGGUGAACUUACUCAGUAUUUUACUGCACUGCAUUUAGCAGCCUAUGGAGGACAUACUUCAUGUUUAAAUCUACUUUUGAAUAAUAUUCAUAAUGUAAAUGCAGAAGAUUGCAAGGGACGCACAGCUUUGGAUUUAGCUGCUUUUCAAGGACACAUUGAAUGUGUUAAAAUUUUGUUAAAAGAAGGAGCUUCUGUAUCAACUCAUGACAAAGUUACUGGUAGAACACCAUUGCAUGCUGCUGCUUCUCAAGGCCAAAAACAUUGUUUAAAACUUCUGUUAGAAUAUUCAAAUUCUCCAGAUAUUGUAAAUAUAUCAGAUCAUGAAGGCAGAACUCCUCUAAUGCAAGCUUUAUUGCAUAAUCAGCUGGGGUGUGUUUCAUUGUUAUUACAACAUGGUGCUUCUGUAACGGCAGUCGAUUCGAAUAAGCGAUCAGCUCUUUUCCGAGCUGCAGUUGUUGGAAAUGAAGAUUGUGCUGAUAUGUUGUUAAAAAAUGGUGCAUCCGCUACUCAUAAAGAUAUUAAUGGUAAAACACCUUUGCAUUUAGCGGCUGCAUCAGGUAAUAAUCUUGUUUUAGAUAUUCUCCUACAUGUCUGUUCAUCACAUGAUCUAGUUGAUAAUUCUGGUUGUACACCUCUACAUUGGGCUUGUUAUGCUGGUCAUGACAUGUGUGUUGAAUUAUUACUUGACCAUAAUAAGGAGAAAAAAUUUGGAGGAAAAUCUUUCUCACCUCUUCAUUGUGCUGUUUCUAAUCCAUUUCAAGGAAGUGAAACUUGUACUGAAUUAUUAUUACAGUAUUUUGGUAAUGAUAUCAUUCAUUUAAAAGAUAAUAAAGGAAGAACAUCUCUUCAUGUUGCUGCAUAUAAUGACAGUUUAUUAUGUCUUCAAAUUUUACUGAAAAGAGGAGCAGUUGUUGAUUCUAAAGACAAUUUUGGUAGAACUCCAUUGAUGAUGGCUUCUAUAAAUGGUCAUUGUAAAACAAUAGAAUUGUUAUUGGAACAUAAUAGCGAUGCAUUAAUUCAAGAUGAUAAAGGAAAUACUGCUUUGCAUCAUGCAUGUUUACAAAGUCAAGAAAUGGCUGUCAUAAUGUUGUUAGAAAAAGUACAAAAUGAAAAGUUUGUCAAUAUGUCUAACAUAGAUCUACAAACACCUCUUCAUAUGGCUGCCAGAAAUGGAUUAGUAUCAGCAACUCAGUUACUUUUAUUGAAAGGAGCAAGUAUUAAUGCAAAAGAUGUUAUUGGUCAGACACCUAUUUUGGCAUGUGCUAGAAAUCGUAAAGUUGCCGAUUGUCUUUCUCUAAUGUUAGCUGUGAUGCCUCUGAAUUCUACAUUUUCAUCUGUGCAAGCUCUGAAAACCAAUAAUAUUAAUUCUAAGAAAAGAAACAGUCAAUAUUUCGAUUCUUCUAACAGACGAAGCAGAAGUCCCAGUGGACAGGUGGACAUCAAGGACCAGUCCGGCUCCUAUCAAAGUUCUGACUCAGACUUUUAUUGACGGUCGUUGUCUCCGUCUUCCUUGGAAAUGAAAAUUCUACUUCACAAACUGAUGUGCCUUUGUUAAAAUAGUAUCGUGACCAAUGGAUUCUUAUCCUAGCAUUUUUGUGAUUAUUAAUGAUUUAUUUUAAGAGAGGGGAACAUUGUAAAAAAGUUAUUUGUUGUUUUUCUGUUGACAGUUAAAGUUUUAGAAAAUACUUUAUUCUCCGUGUAUAAAUAUGUAUAAAAUUUCACUUUAUUGUAAAAAGAUGACAUUCCUGAAAGUUGUCCUAUUUAGAUGAUAUAAAAGUGUUUUAAAUAACAACAAAUGUUUGAUUUAGGUCUUUCAAAGUUUUACAGAAUAUUUAAUGAAAUCCUAUUUCUUUCUGAAACUAUUUAGAAAGAAUCUUAAUAUAGGAAAUGAGAUUGUACCUUUUUAAGAGUUUGAAUGUAAUGAUUUUAUUGGGUUUGAA